ACUUGUGAUGCUUAAUUAGACUGACGACGUAGAACUAAAUAAUGUGAGUGUAGGAGAUAAUAUGCAUAGCAGUUGGAGGUUGGUGACGAAAUUUGAUAUUAGGUUACAGAAGUCAUACAUGCGUCUGCAAUUAUUGAGUUCGAGAUAAAAAGAAGGAACAUACAUCUAUACAUAGGUAUAGGCGGAUGUAUGAAGUUAAUUUUGUUCAUCGUUUAUUCCCUCUUUCCAUGCAGAGAUAUUUUAAAGAAUCUAAAGCGCCAUAAGGACAAAGAUCUUCUUAAAGGUCAAGCAGUGAAGAACCAAAAGGCUCUCUGGGACAAAGCUCUUGAGUUCAGAUUCUUGCUUCAGAAAGCAUUCUCAAAUUCAAAUAGAUUACCACAGGAGCCAGUUAGGUCUUUAUUUUGUGAUUCACAUCAAGUUGUCAGUACAGCAUAUUCUGAUCUAGUUGACUCAUCAAAGCGAACUUUAGAUUCUCUAGCGGAACUACAAGAGGUUUGCGUUGGAUAUAGGAUAGUCAUGGAUCUGUUCAAAGCUGGGCUAAUGAAAGUUUCAGAUCUUGAUCAUACAAUGCAAAUUAGCGACGUCGACUCCUGUAACAAAGAGGUUGAUGAGAGACUUCAAGAGGCUGCAACAGUACGCAAAAAGCUGCCAAUGCCUAAACCUCCAACAAAAUGGAAACUUUUGCCAAAACAAAAGGUUAAACAAAAUAUCUCCAGGAUCCCCAUUUUUUUAAUGGCGCUGUUAAGGUUUUUGUCAAUUGUUAUUUACAAAGGUUGUGACUCUUCGUGCUGGCACCAAAAUAAAGUUUGUAGAAGGUUGUUGACUGACGAUAAAAGAGAAGCAUGCAUAUCAUGAAAAAUAAAAGACGGAAGUUCUGAAGUGACGACCAAGAAAGUUUAGAAGUCUAAUAUAGUUGUAAACAAGAAUGUAAAUCAGGGAAGAAAAAUGUUAAUAUAAUUAUGAUUCUGGAUGACUCAUUUGCGAAUUUUAUCUUAAUUUGAAUAAUUUUUGUCUCUAGGUGUACAGUUACAUCUGUGAUUUUUUGUUUAUGUGGUGAAAAAAUAAGAUGACUUUAUACUUUUUUUUGAUACUUAAUCUUGAGUUUUGAAUUUGAGUUCUCAUCCAAGAAGAAAGGUCACUUGAGUUUUGAGUUCCCAUAUAUUUCAUUGUUUCAUUUAUACAUCUGUUGGAGGAUUGGAGGGGAUUGGGAGGCAGAUGAGUGAGACUUCUGAUGGUUACACAGAAAUAAAUGGUCUCUCGCAUCUUGAACCAGUUUCUCUGGAUUUGGCAGCCCAAGAUUAUGCGACGGUGCUCGAUUUGGAUUUGUUGCGUAGCUAGAAAGAUGAUCUUGCAGUAAUUGUAAUAUGCCAAGGUAUUGAUUCUUUUGAAUCCCAGUUUGAAAAAACAGUCAGAUUUAUAUAUAUUUUGCAUCAUUACAAUUAGUCUACUUGGGUUAGCUUAAGAUUACAGAGAACACCCUACUACAUGGGGGAAUAAAUCUUUCUUAUAGCAUGCAUAUCCAUAUAUAGCAAGCAAAGUUUCACUUCGUUGGUUCUUAGGCACGAGACCGUCUUUCCUUUAGCUUAUAAUUAGCUGCUCAUAAAUUUUUGGCAUCUUAUUUUUCUUCUUAUUGGGGUGUUUUACAGUGCCGUAGAUUUUUUCAAGGAGCUUCCUCAGUUUGUUGUCAAGGUUGGUUCAAUUUUAAGUAAUAUUUAUGGUGUAGAUUGGGAAAACAAACUUGAGGUAUUAAUUUUUCAAAGAUAGUUUAUGCUUGAAAUUAGCUGUGUUUUUAUGUCUUCCAACAUUCUGUUUUCUUGGAGUUACUCAGUCCUGUACUCAUUAUUUGAGUUGUUAAUUUUUCAUGCUAAAGAGUUGCAGGCAAAUGUUGUGUAUUUGAGCCUGUUAAGCGAGUGAGUUCCUUCUUUUGCAAAUUGUGAAUAAAUUUUUGCAAUUGCAUCUGGUCCAGUCAGUGUGCCCCUCCCUCCAUCCCCCAUGGUAUUAUUUUUUUAUUUCAGUCAUUCAGAGCAGACCACAUAUUUCAUCUAAUUACGAUGCUCCUAAUAACCUAAUCAUCCACCGUCAAAACAUUUCCAAUUUAUUUACUAAUUUUAAUUUUGGCUUUUAAGUUUGGGUUCUGGUUUUUAAUAUUUAUAUUUUUUUCCAAAUUCGAUGGUAUGAAAGGAUUCGAUGAUUUCUGAUUGUAUGAAAGUUGUGUGGUUCAAAAGAUGAUAGCAUUUUGUUCUAAGAAUUAGGAAGCAGUUGCUAAGUGAGGAUUCUCCGUUUCUCUUUGGAUAGAGAAUAAUUAAGUGAAAAUGCAUUGAUUUGGUUUUAAUUUUCCUGAUUUCUUCAACAUGCGUAUUAAACUAAAGCGGAAUGCUUAUUUCGGCGUAUGUAUUGUAUAUUAAACUCAACUAAAUGGAAAUGUUCAUUACAUUGCA